AUGGAAGCCAGUAAAGUUGCCACUGGUAAAAAGCAUGGUCUUAAGCGACAAGAUACACCAUUAGUUUUGAAGGGUUUACCUACGAAACCUAGUACAAUGCAAAAUCAGAAUUUAGGCGUAAUGGAAGAGACUGACGAAGAGGAUGAAGAUGUAAUAGAAAUCAAAAAAGAAGUCACGGAUGAAAACGAUUCUGAAGAACUAGAUAGAGUUGCCUCUAAGUUGGGCAAGAUAAAGCAUAAUAGCCAAGACAUCUCGUCCGUUACAAUGCAAGAAAAUCUUCAUGAAGUUGAUCCACCUAUCGAUGAUCAAUAA